AUGGUUCUCGUUCACAUCGUGUUGUUCAAGUUCAAGCCGGACGUCUCCACCGAGCACAAGGAGACAUUCGCAAAGGAGCUCAGAACGCUCAAAGACUUGCCGAGUGUUUUGAAUCGCCGGCUCGUGGUGGGUGGUCCGUCGGUCACGGAUCCGAUUGAGCGGAGUAGAGGCUAUCAUUUGGCGUUGGUGAGUUAUCAUCGGGAUAGGGACGCAUUGGCAGAAUAUCAAGCCUCGUCGGAACAUCACCACGUCACAAGUACAUACCUCUGGCCGUUUAAAGAAGAAGUCACCCGGUUCGACUUUGACAUGGACUCUGAAGACGAGCAACUCUUUAAGACAUUUCUACAUGUAACUACUUAA